AUGAGUUUAUAUAACUUUAAGAAGAUAGCCGUAGUGCCUACGGCGAAGGACUUUAUCGAUAUUAUUUUAUCAAAAACUCAAAGAAAAACCCCGACUGUUGUUCACAAACACUAUAAAAUAACUAGGAUUCGAGCGUUUUAUAUGCGAAAAGUUAAAUUUACACAACAGAACUUUCACGACAGAUUAUCGCGCAUAAUUCAGGAAUUCCCCAAGCUUGACGAUGUUCACCCGUUCUAUGCAGAUUUGAUGAAUGUCCUCUAUGAUAAGGAUCACUAUAAGCUUGGUCUCGGACAACUGAACACAGCUAGGCAUUUAAUUGAUAAUGUUGCCAAGGAUUAUGUGCGCCUACUCAAAUUUGGAGACUCGCUAUAUCGCUGCAAACAGCUUAAGAGGGCGGCACUUGGUCGAAUGGCUACAAUAAUGAAAAGGCAGGCCGCUAACCUUACAUACUUGGAACAAGUACGUCAACAUUUAUCCCGUUUACCAUCAAUAGAUCCUUACACUAGGACUAUUAUCAUCUGUGGCUUCCCUAAUGUUGGAAAAUCCAGUUUUAUCAAUAAGAUCACUCGAGCUGAUGUUGAAGUUCAGCCAUAUGCAUUUACGACAAAGAGUUUGUACGUGGGACAUACUGACUACAAAUACUUGAGAUGGCAGGUAAUAGACACUCCCGGGAUUUUAGACCACCCCCUUGAAGAACGAAAUGUGAUAGAGAUGCAAGCAGUUACAGCAUUGGCUCAUCUGAGAGCUGCCGUUCUCUAUUUCAUAGACCCAUCGGAGCAGUGUGGUCAUAGUAUUGAGGAACAGAUAUCCCUGUUUGAGAGCAUUAAGCCCUUGUUUAGCAACAAGCCCUUAAUUGUAGUCUUGAACAAAAUGGAUGUGCUUAAACCGGAGGAGCUGCCGGAGCCAAAAAGGGCCCUCAUUGAGGAGCUAGUGGCUACCUGUGCCAAGGGGAACAUAGUCAACGCGGACGGUAACUCGGAACUGCGAACGGUGCCUGUGAUGAGGACCUCUACCCUCACGGAGGAGGGGGUCCAGGAGGUGAAGAUUGAGGCUUGCGAGAGGUUGCUUGGACACCGCGUCACCGAAAAGAUGAGGACCAAGAAGGUGGACGGCAUCCUAAACCGGCUGCACGUGGCCGUGCCCUCGCCUCGAGACAACAAGAAUCGACCUCCCGUGAUCCCCCCUCAAGUGCUGGCCAAGAAGGAGAAAAUGGACACUGAGAGCAGAAAGAGGAAGCUGGAGAGAGAGAUUGAGAUUGAGCAAGGAGAUGAUUAUGUUCUUGAUUUGCAAAAGAACUACUCGGAGAUAGCGGAAGAGGAGAGGCACGAUCCCAUCCCUGAGUUCUGGGAGGGACACAAUAUCGCCGACUACAUCGACCCGGACAUCUUCGACAAGCUGGCCGAGCUGGAGAAGGAGGAGGAGCUGCGCGAGGCCGGAGGCAUGUACGCUGUGCCCAAAAUCGAACUCGACGAGACCAUGCGCGAGAUUCGCGACUUGGCGCGCCAGAUCCGCAACAAGAAGGCCGCGCUCAAGGACGAGUCGCGCCUCGUCAAGCAGUCCACGAAGCCCGUCAUGCCGCGGACCAGCCGGGCGCGGGAACGGGACCGCUCCGCGUCCAAAUUGCGCUCGCAGAUGGAGCAGCUGGGCGUCGACAUGGCCGACACCGAGGAGGCGCACUUCGUCAAGUCCCGCUCGAGGUCGCGGUCGCUCUCCGCCCCGGCCAAGCGCGCCCGCCUCGAGUCGCAGUCGCGCACGCGCUCCGUCUCCAGGCCCGCGAGAGACGAGCAGGGCGUCAAGGACGUGGCCAUGCAGAGGCGAGCCAAGAAGAUGGCGCACCUCGCUAUCUCGAAGAAGACCAAGAAGAUGGGGCUCAAGGGCGAGGCGGACAGGUUCAUCGGCACCAAGAUGCCCAAGCACUUGUUCGCGGGCAAGCGGGGCGUCGGCAAGACGGACCGCAGAUAG